ACCCUUUUUCAUUCCAAGACAACUUUAUUUAUCAGUAUCAUCAAAUUCUAUAAUCCACACUUACAUAAUUGUUAGCUACUAAGAAACUAUCUCCAAGCUGCUUCAACUGAGAUAGAUUACUUAGCACCAUGGAUGAUUCUGUGAAAGUAUUCUCCACAAGUACCAUUCAAGCACCAAGUGACAACAACAUUAAUGCAAACUCAACUGACUUUCACAAAAUCCAUUUAACACCAUGGGAUCUCCAAUUCAUCCCACUUGAAACCAUUCAAAAAGGCCUUCUUUUCCACCACCAUACCAAUAUUGAUCCAUCAUCACUAAAAAACCAAAUCCAUCAUUUGAAACAAACUCUUUCCAUCACUCUUUCGUUCUUUCCACCCCUCGCUGGUCGUCUUGUAAUCACUCAACACCAACAACAAGAAGAAGAAAACAACAACCCCUCAUCAUCAUGUUACAUCAUCUGCAACAACCUUGGCGCGCUCUUCGUCCACGCUACAGCACAAAACACGACUGUUUCUGAUAUCCUUCAACCAGAAAACUAUAUUGUACCUCCCAUUGUCUACUCUUUCUUCCCUCUCAACGGCGUCAAAAACUGGGAAGCGAUUUCCCAUCCAAUUCUUGCUGUCCAAGUAACUGAGUUACUGGACGGUAUCUUCAUAGGUUUCACAAUGAACCACCUUGCAGCGGACGGAAAAUCCUUUUGGCACUUCAUCAAUUCAUGGUCUCAAAUUUCACGAGGAGUUUCGAUAAACAAACAUCCUUCACUCAAACGCUGGUUUCCGAACGACAUUCAUCAACUUCCCAUACGCUUCCCUUUCACAACUGAAUUCAUUCAUAGCUCCAGGUCCACCAACGUAGCUGAAAGAGUAUUCCAUUUCACAAAGGAGAAGAUCGCGGAACUGAAAUCCAUAGCAAGCACAGAAACUGAAACUGAGAAUAUUACAAUCUCUUCACUUCAAGCGGUACUAUCUCACGUUUUGCGUUCUGUGGUUCGUUGCGAAAGACUUGAUCCACAACAAGACGUUCUCUACAUAUUGGUGAUCGGCGUUAGGCCAAGGAUGAUUCCACCGCUCGAAGAUGAAUAUUUCGGGAACGCAGCAUUUCUUUGUGGUUUUACAAUGAAAGCAUGGGAAAUUCUAGAGUGUGGGAUUGGAAAGGUAGCAUUGGAGAUGAACAAGACGAUUUCUGUGAAUUCUGAUUAUGAGAAAAUAAGAAACAGUUACGAGUGUUGGUUGAGAAACCCGAAGUUGCUUACGGGUGGUGACUUGAUUCGUUGUUAUUCGAUGACAACGAGCAGUUCUCCGAGGUUUGAUGUUUACGGUAAUGAUUUCGGUUGGGGAAAGCCUGUGGCAGUUCGUUGCGGGGGCGCGAAUAAAAGAAAUGGCAAGAUUACUGUGUUUGCUGGGGCAGAAGAGGGAAGUAUGGACAUUUCAUUGACUCUUCCUUAUGAGAUCUUGGAAGCCAUGGGAAAUGACACUGAGUUCAUGCAUUAGCGUGUGUCUAUCUUGAUUUGAGAGUACUAUUUUGUGUGUGUCAAUAAUGAAUAAAGACGUUUCUCUAUGUAUUCUUGUCAUGGUUUUCUUUUACAAUCAGUAUAAGCAAGAGAUUAUGUUAGCAUUUUGCCUCAACCUUGUAUACUUCAUGCAUAUCUUCACAUUAAUCAUGUAUGAUUUAUUUUCUAGUUUUUCA